AUGCCGGUCAAAGAGCCAGGGAGCUCUCUUGACGCUCCAAAUGGAGCCUACGCCAUGGGAUCGACUCUGCUGAAAAGGCACAAGACUUUGCCGCAUCCUCGAGAAGAGCGUAUGCAUCAGAUAUACCCUUCGACGCCUGCGACGAAGCCACGCGACUUGACUAUCGACACUGGAACGGCGUCUCUACCGAGCUCAGAUACAUCGAGUCCACGUACGUUAAAGCAUGCAUCAAAGAACAGGAUUGGGUCCAAUGGCCUCCCACCAACGCCUCCGACUCAUUCACGACAAUCCUCUGGCAGCCAGCAGAGUAUCAUUCCUGCACCGAAGUUUGAUAUCCCACGUAUCGAAACCCCGACAGACAUUCCUUCAGCACCCAGUACACCACCCAAUCAGAAAAGUCCACCUACACCCGACUUCACGCCUCCGCGAGCGAUGCCGUUGGCAUUUCGACCUGGUCGUCCCCCAGUCAGCGAACGAUACCCCUCCUCACGCACAGACUCUUUCAAGACAGCACGAGAACAUCCAGAUUCAGAAGACGAUGACGAACACUCAACAGUAAGACCUAUUCUCCCAUCUGCUCGGACAUCUGCAGCGGAAGUGCCUCAGCUUCCUACACCACCUCCGAAGCGCAAGGAAGUGGGUUUGGGUCUUGGUCUUGAGUCGGAUGAAGGAACUACAACUCCUAGGCCAAAGGUAGAUUCUUCUCAAGAAGAGUUUGUUGUGUUUGAUGGGGAAUGGGCAUCUGCUGGUGAAGAAGCAGAAGUGACACGGGAAUGGGACGACAAUCUAAUGAGGAAUGUAACUGUCCGCAAAAGACCUGUGCGAAAGCUACAAAAGCGACGCAUAACCACGAAUUUUCUUACCAACGAAGAUGAUAUCGUGUCUCCGACAGUUGCUACAAAAGUUCUUCGGAGUAUGCCCUUGCAGGAGAGGAUAGCCAGAUACCGAAUUGCCAGGGAUACCGCGAAUCGAAUGACAUCUGAGAAAUUCCCUGAGAAAUCCGUGUGGCCUUCAGCUGCAGCAAGUCCUGAAUCCCCUACUACACAGGACGUGCGAAGAUUUUCAGCAAUGUCUGGACGUUCGUCUCAGUCGACCGUGGUUGAAGCUAUGGUUGUCGAUGCAAAGCCCACACGACGAAGGACUCUUCGCCACACUAAAAAGCAACUUGGCCUUCGUGAUUUCGGCUCUGACCAGUCUCUCUUGAGCUCUGGGCCAAGUUCGAUUGUGUCAAGUGAGCCUCAACAUCGCUUGCAUCAUCACAUGGAGAAGAUACCAGAGAGACGGCACCAAAGUCUAGCUUCGAAUAGCACAGUUGUGAGCACUGCCUCGUCAAACGGCAAGUCUAGAAGAGAAGUCCUCAAGAGUGGAGCUAUUCCGGUAGUUAUCAUUCCUGAACGACGUUCUUCGACGAAAUCUUCCAGGGCUCCAUCACUUAGAUCUACUAGCAGCAGAAGGACUAAGCGGAGCAUGUCACUCAACUCAGCUCCCUUGUCUGCCUCAUCCAAAUUCAACGACCCUGGCUACUUUGACUCCCUGCCUCCUCGAAAACGGACGAUGUCGGAGUCAGGUGGUUCUGCACAUUCGGUACACACCAUUGACUUUCCACCAGUCAUUCCAGCUCGAAGAUCGUCCCUAUCAGCUCCAACAAGUCGCAAUACAUCUAGAGCAGGGUCAUUGACUGCUGAAAGUCUACACGCGCAUAACAUGAUUCAGGCAACGAAACAACCAGUUCUACCAGAGUCUAGCACGACUCAACCAUCUGCUGAUGUUGAAAGAGAUCUUGGAAGCCACAGUGCUCGACUCAAUGUCGAUCAUAAUGGUGACCCUUUCUUUGGCAAACGCCUUUCUACACAGGUGACCCCCUUUUCGCAAGCAUCAUACGAAACGGCCGGGACCAUGGCGGAGGUUUCUGAAGCUAUGGCUGUCACGAUAUUUCCACAUCAGAAUAAGUCGGUCCUUGUCGUCCAGCAAAAGGCACCAACGGACUCACCCCCACUUGCUCUGAAGACAAUUGAUAGUGCGGAAACUGAGCGACCAACGAUGACCGUCAAUGGGCAUGCAACGAGUGGUCCAGUGACUCCACCUCAACCCUCACAUCCAAUGGACCAGGUUGAUUCGCCGCUCAGAAAUCCUCGUUCGCCUCCAGAGCCACCAGCGAUCAAGUUCAUUCCCCCCACUCCAGCUGCUGUUACUCCCGGGCAUGAAGAGGAUCGCCAGCUGGGCUACGACAACUAUCGUCCUUCUUCGUCAGAUGAUCAAUCUAAGAGGACUAUGUCUUUGAUGCGCCGAGCUUUCAGCAAUCGCCGCAAUUCAGAAACCGCUGCUCAGCGCCCAGGUUUUCUCUCGCGCACUUUUUCCUUGAGUGGCCAUCGAAAAGAACUAGUCGAUGAGUCAACACAAACGUCCAAGGGCUCUGCAAACGCGCUUUAUCCUUCUGUAGCAGAUAAGCCAGCCGAUGGUAGCAAGCUGCAUCCGUUCUGGAGACCUACUCAUUUCUGGGACGACUUGGAAGGUCAUCAAGCUUACGAUGACUAUGAUGACGACGAUGAAUACGGCUAUCCUUCAGCGGACAGCAGACCCAUUCCCAAGCGAACUUUCAGCCAGAAGUUGAAGCGUACGUUUGCAAUCUUGCCCAUCCAGGAUGAUUACUAUGACUACCAACCAUAUCCCAUUGAUCGUCGGACCAUGCGUAGAACUCCGAGUGGCAAUAUGAGGGUCGUAAAGCAACGUAGCACCAGUUCUAGCUUGAGAAGAUCAGGAAGUGAUCGAAGGGUAUACGUCGAGCAGCGUCCACAUACUGGUCCUUCCGCUGAGCGCCAGUUUGGCUACGGUUUCAAAGAAGGAAAUGGCGGCAAAGUCCACACGAUCCCUGGACUUGGUUUGAGAGUCGAAUAUGUGGGGUGGAGUGGAAUGAGAAGGAGAAUGAGUGAGAGGAGGAGAGAGCAGAGUAGGCAGAAACUAAGAGCCACGAUCUCAGGACCGAAGAGUAUCCAGAGCGGCGUGGACGAUGUCUUGAGGAGACGACAGACCUCGGUAUAA